AUGACAGGUGAUACUUGCGUCGCAAUCGAAACUGUCAACGCGAUAUCAGAUGCCGAGUUGCGCUUGUGGAAUCCUCAGGUUGACGAAGCGUGCAGUAACAUUCAAAUUGGACUGGCGUAUUGCGUGUUUGGCCCUCCAAUCUUCACAACCCCCACCUCGUUUCCUUCAAUUGUAUCGUCAGGCACAAUUACUACCAUCCCAUCGGCCACUCCUUCAGAUAUCGCUCCCGGUACUAUCACGACGGGAUGUUCCAUGUACUACCAAGUAGAAUCCGGGGACUCUUGUGAAGUGAUAUUCAACGAGUUCUCAAUCACUCUCUCCCAGUUCAUCGUUUGGAACCCCGAAGUGCCGGGUGACUCAUGCUCCGCCAUAUUCAUGGAGUUCUCAAUCACUCUCGAUGAUUUCAUCACCUGGAACCUGGAAGUGAACAAUCAAUGUACCAAUAUUCAAGGAGGCCUCUCUUACUGUGUAGCAGGCGCAGUAGACACCUCGACUACCACCACAGCUACUUCAGUGGCCGCCAGCCCGACCGCCUCCGGAACAAUCACCACAAGUUGCGAUAUGUAUUAUAUCGUCAUCUCUGGCGACUCUUGCGCGGUGAUUGACGACCGGUUCGGUAUAACCUUCGCUCAAUUUCAAGCAUGGAACCCGGAGGUCGAUGACCAGUGCGGAAACAUCGUACCGGGACUCCAGUACUGUGUCUCAGGUCCUUCGACGAUCUCGUCCUCCACAGCAACGAUCAUUUCUGCGGCGGCUACGGGAUCCGGGACAAUCACACCUGCUCAAGGUUGCACGCAAUACUACACAGUCCAAAGCGGCGAUUUCUGUGCCUCUAUUGAAGUGGAGUUCGGCAUUUCGAGUGCUCAAUUCCUCGCAUGGAAUCCUGAGAUUGAUCAAGAAUGCACAAAUCUCCAGCUUGACGUUCAGUACUGUGUUUCCGGUCCCUGA